AUGAGAAAAUGCUGGCGAACAUACAACCCACAAACCAUUCUAGUCGAAAUUCAACCUCCAAAAGUAACCGUACUAUCUGCUAUCCGAGUCGACAUCAAAGGUUUGAUGACUGUACUCCGUACCGAUCAACUACACUCCGAAUCCAGGAUGCGCCUAACACUUAUCCCCCCUACGAGCACCGGCGCACCACAACAAGUCACCAACAUCUCAACCGCCAAACUCCAGCGGCAGGUCUUCCUCCUCCUCUCCGACGUUAUCCUCGUUCACGACGAAGAACUUUCCGAAUGCCCCGGUCCAUCAACCGUUGAAGCCAUACUUGAGGAAUUAUGGUCUUUCCCCGAUCUCUGGAUGGAUGGCUACGGCAAUCUUCUCAACGCCUGUACUACCGAGAUGAAUGCCCCCAUCGCAUUCGAAUAUGGCAAGCUUAGCAUGAAGGAGUUGGGCGUACUGGGGUACAGUAGAGCUACCACUAUGGAUUGGAUUCAAAAGAUGUUCGAGAAGGCAGAUGAUAAUAUCACACGCGCGCAUAUUGUGCAUAUCUGGGAUGACAUGAGGAGGUCGUUGUAUGGGGAUUGGGAAUUGAGGCUUGCACCGCCGGGGUUAAAGAAGUUUGCGCGGCCGGAGUGA